AUGUCGCUAACGAAUUAUUAUUCUAUGAUGGGGCUCCAGACCGAGGAGCCGUACGGUACACAUUUCAUCCCGGGAGGCUUGCAGGGCUCGACGGCCGGCUGCGCAAAGCCAGCCCGGGGAGCGGAGGAGGAGGGGACCCCGGGCUCACACAUUCCGGAUUUUUCCCAUUUCUCCAACAAACAAACGGGCUUAAAUGGCUUCUCUCCUUGGACAAACACCCCUACAUCUUCCUCGUCCUCUUCUCCGCAGUUGCAGGCUACCCCCGGCGCCUCCAUCCCAGGGCUUUUUCAUCCACAUCCCCUCCUGAGCCACCACCACCACCACCAACAACCCUACUACGGCCCGCAGACGCAGACGCACGCCGAACACCUCGCACCCGCUGCCGCUUCGGAGAGCAGGUUCGUCCGCUGUUGGGAGGGUGCGACCCCGACCCAGGAGACCGCUCUGUCGCAAGCUUCUGCAGGUUUCUCCGGGUGUCUCCCCGCUCAGGGUGACCUCUCUAAUCCGAGCCCGAGGUUUGAGUCGGUUAAACCCGAGAGCUCGCCUCCCUCACACGACAGUCCCGGGGAUUCAAGCUUUGCCAGCCCGACUGAGGUGGUGCUUGAGCGGCUGGGGACCGUGGAGGAGCUGGGAGGGAAGCCGGAGCCCAAGAAAGAGAAGGAGGAGAGGAAAACACAGCAACCGCCUGACCCGGAUAAUCCAUCAGCUAGUUGGAUCUCUGCCAAGUCGACCCGGAAGAAGAGAUGUCCUUACACUAAACACCAGACCCUGGAGCUGGAGAAGGAGUUUCUCUACAACAUGUACCUGACAAGGGACCGGCGCCUGGAGGUGGCGGGACUCUUAAAUCUGACAGAGAGACAGGUCAAAAUCUGGUUCCAGAACAGACGGAUGAAGAUGAAGAAGCUGAUGAUCCGGGAGAGGAGGGGCCUGAAUGAAUGA